AUGACGUCCUCGACGCCGCCUCUCUCUCUCUUAUGGCAGCGUCGAAAGACCCCGUCGUGCUCGACGUCCAGGCCGCCCAAUCACCCCAACCCCCGCCGCUUUAUGGACGGCAACCCGUGCCCCAGCCCCUUUUCUACCACCACCAGCACCACCAGUAGUAACCCUAACAGUACCCCCUCUCUUGACCCAAGGUCCGUCUCUACUCUAGGUCUGACCAUGCGGACGGCUCGCAAGCGCUUGCUCCAGACCAUCUCACGCAAGAUCCAAGAGAAAGAGGACUCGUGUAACCCCACGACGGAGUUCCGGGACCCAUUCUUGCUGCUUCUGGCGCUAUGUGCGUCCUUCCGAGUUGCGGACGCCAUCCGACGCGUUGCGGGAGAGGAGGACGGAGACGCUCGAGGCUUGACGGCCGUGGCUGAAGCCGCGUUCCUCGUAGCUGCUGCUGGAGGCAACGUCCUUUUGAACCUGAUGCAGACGCGUCGUCACCACGCCGAGAUGGCCGAACGCGUCCGAGUGGCAGUGCAGCAGAUGGUCCGAGGUCGGGACCAGGGGAAGGAGCCAGUGGAGCAAACACAUGGUGAGUCGCGGGCCUCUUGGCUCGAGACUGAACCUGAGCCGACGGUUCUCUUGCCGUCUCAUAGCUACAUUGCUGUCUAUCGAGACAAUCAGUGGCAGCGGCUGCCGAUGAAUUUGCUGGUCGAGGGAGACGUUGUGGGGUUAAUGAGUGGAGAUAUUGUACCGGGGGAAGUUCGGUCCGUGGAAUUAAGUGCAAAUGAAGAGCAGCAAGUGUACCCGAGAGGGUGUAAACUACCGCCGUGGACCCGGAGACAUGCUAAAGACGCGACAAGGUGCACGGCUACGUUUGAUCCGCCAUUGCUGCUCGAGCUGUGCGGUGAGAUGCGGAUUUUUGAAAUGAGGGAGACGCCUGUUGUGCGAGACAUUGACGAUGCUCUGUUUCGGAUCAGCAGGCCCGUGACGCCGACUCAAAAGCUACAGGCACAUGCAAGACUUGUGGCCGUACGUAUUUGCAUGUGGUACUCCGUGUUGCUGCUUGUUGCAAUUGGACUGCGUGCAGUCAUGCAGCAUCGGUCUCUCGAAACCGCUCUCACGCACAUUCUCCAGGGGCCGAUGGGUAUCUGGCUCUGUUUUGCUUCACUCAACACACCGCUGGUUCUGUUUGUUGCUGAAGCGGCUGCCACAGCUUCCAUUUUGGGCUCAUUCGAUGACAUCUUGGUUCCAAAAGAAUCUACGAAACAAAAAGUGUCAACGAAAGAUAGAGACAGUACUGUUGACGGUUUUGCUGAGAAGCAGGGCCGUGUACACGCAACGACACCAGACGUGAACAACGAAACUUCGAAGGCAGCCAAGAACAAGGGAAGAUCUAGCGCGUAUACUUCGCGCGUUGACAGUGCGACGGCAUCGAUUUUGAAAGCGACAGCACUAGUACAACCUGAUAUCUACGAUGUCGAUGACCGGGAAAAACUGCGUUCAGCAAAGGCUGAAAAGCAAUCUGCCGUGACACGAUCGCUUCAAUACUUUCUAGUCGUACUUCGAUUUCGUGUAAUGCGAUGCGACCUCGCUCAUGUGUCCGAUCGGCGACACCUACCGGUGCCUUUUCGUUCUUUCCGGUUACUUGAACGGUUGGGAAACAUCACGAUGUUGUGCUGCUUUGACGACGAUAUUCUAUGCGAGCAAACACCAUCAGUGGAAGAAAUUUUUCUGCUCAACGACAAACAGAACAACAAUUCAAUAGUUUUGGAUCUGCAUGCUGAGCGCCAUUGUGAUACAGGACUAAAAUUUGAGGACCCAAGAUGGAAGCAGCACUUACCGUCGCUUAAGCCCAUUGGAUUAGCAAUCAUGGUGAAUGAUGAUGAACACCCAGCCCGACACUACGACGAAAACAUGCGUUAUCUCGCAAAUGAGGGGCUAUGUCCGGUUGAUGAUGAUGACGACUCACGGAAUCCGUCUUUGCAAAGCUGUAUGCAACGUCUUUCGGCUCAUAUUCGGAUGCUGCCAUUUCCAAAGCAUUUGCUGAACCUCUCCCGUGAAAUGGGCUUUUGUGUCGCUGAGGAUUUGACGAUGUUUCGAAGACGCCAAUCCAUUCAUAUCAUCUGCCCUCGCCUCGCGCAUCAUGAACACACGAACGACCACCACGACCAGGGCCAGGAAGAUACGCGAUAUCGGGGCAAUCUGAAGUCGCAUCUCUAUUCCACAGUCAUUCUCGACAGGCGUUCACAACGCCAUCAACUACUAUCACGUGGUCAUCCAACUGUUGUGCUUGCUCAUUGCAGUGAAUACUGGGACGGUAAGUCUAUUUGUCCACUGACAAGCGAGAAACAACGUGCCAUUCUUGAUAUGUAUAAUCAGUGGCGCGUCGAAGACCUGGAUUGUGUCGCUUUCUCGUAUGUUCCCGUCCCACACAAGCUCAAUAAUCUCUUUGACCGAGCUGGGUCCAGCAGCAACGCAUCUAGCGAAUGCUCGACUCCCAGUCCACCGAAUAGAUUGGAGGGUAAAUUGCCACCCGUGUAUCUUGUAGACGACAGUACGACAAGCGGGUUAAUCUCUCCGCACUCACCCGCGCGACGAGGCAGUUUAUCUUUUUCCAGUAACAUGGGUGAAGAUCGAGGGUGUGGACACGAAUGCAGACGCCAGAGGCAUUCUAUUAAUCCAGUGUCACCACUAGCUUCGCCGAACUCGACUGACGACACGCCCCAGAUUAUCCAGGAGCCGGUGCCCAGUAAGCGAACAGCUAAGCCAAUGGAAGCUCCGUCAGGUGGGCAAGUAACACCUGUCAGACGACGGGUUUUGACGUUCAGUGACUUUGAGUCGUCGGCGGGACCACAGCCAUCCGAAACGAGCUCUGUAGAGAAAGAGUCCAUGCUCUGGCGCAUUCAAGAUAAUCAGAUCUUCUUGGGCAUGGUUGCAACAGGAGUCCAACCAAAACAACAUACUCCUGACUUCAUUGAAGACUUGAAUGCGUGCGGUAUUCGCUUUGUGUACUUCUCUCCCCGCAACAUGCGUAGAAGCAAACUGCUUGCCGAGAAGAUGGGCAUCGAGACAGACUGGAAUUGUGCCAUUUCGCUGCGCUCUCUUGACAGUGACGACCCCGAUCCUCACCGCAUGACUUCAAAUUACUCAGACUGGGACGUGAAAGCUCGCUUGCCGCACGGCGUUGAAGCUAUUAAACGGCACAUUGCUGAAGUGGAUAACGUGCCGUUGCUGGUAUCGCUUUAUACGGACAGCACACCAGAAACGAUCAGCGAAAUGAUUUCCGUUUUCCAAGAAAAUCAGGAAGUGGUAAUGGGUGUUGGCUCGUCCCUAAAGGAGAGCAAUGCACCACUAUUUUCGAAAGCAGAUUUGGCGGUGGCAUUUCAGGGCGGAGUACAAGCAUUCUUCGAUAAGCCAAUUCCAUGUGGAAAAGAGCUUUCCGUACUUUCCAAUGAGGACAUUCAGUUCAGCCACAUUCUCAACUCACUGGCGUGCGCCUUCCGGUUGACAAGUACCCCAGAUGACGCAGAAAAUCACGACGAGAGAAGUGCAAAUGUUAUCGACAGCAUGGAUAAUGCCACUAGAGGUGGAACAGCCAGUGUGGCACAUUUGAUCGAACUCAUCCGACUUGGCCGACGCAUGCUUACGAAUUAUUACCAGAUGAACACAUUUAUCUUCGUAUCGCAGCUUUUCAUCGCCACGAUCAUCCUCGCCUCCUAUGCUUUACCCUUCCCGUACAUACCGCAGCUGAGCUGCUCCUCAAUUUUUUGGCUGCUAUGGAUUUUGGUGCCAGUGCUCAGUCUCUCAAUGCUUGCAUCAGCAUGUGAGAAAGACGUCAUGAAAAAGACACCGCGCAAGAAUGAAGAGAUUGAUAUGGAAGAAGAUCUGUCACGACUGAUUGCUUACUUCUUCGUACGUCAUGUGCCGUCCGUAUUGCUAUCGAUUGCUGUGUUUGAGUGCUUGCUCGGCUUCUCCCUUCAGGCAUCGCACAUUUCCAAUCCGGACGCUUUUGGGGUCAAAAAGUUUCCGGACUUUGAUUGGACUGAUUUCCUGUGUGACUACGGACUAAUGACGAUGAGACCACGGCCAGCUGCUGUUGCUGCUGCAAUGGAUCGCGCGGAGGCCGGUAUGCUGCUGUCGAUUGGUGUCUGUAUUGUUGCUUCAUCGUGCGAAUAUUUGUAUCGAUAUGAGAGUGUGUGGAAGGUGUCUCCGUUUCGAAACGUCGUAUGGGUGGCCGUAUCGUCGGUACUGUUGUGCUUGCACAUUUUGCUUAGUUUUCUCCGCGCGGGACUUGUUGGCGCCGAUGGAAUCACGCUAUGGCAAUUUGUGAGCCAGUCAGUCCCUCGGAUGUUCUGGGUUCUAACGCUAGGCGUGUGGCCUCUCUUUAACAUUUGCGUUGACGAAGCGGUCAAGAUGCAUGACAAACGACACCUCGUGCGCUACAACAAGUUUCUCCGGAUGCAGUUUGACACGCGGCUUGGAAUGUGGAGCCCCAAAUAA